AAGUAAGGUUUGAAGCCCGGCGUGUCGACGUAUUGGCGUCGUUCGGGUGAUUGUAGGGUGGGUGAAGCUUUCCCUGGAAGCGCAGUCACGCGUAGAACAACUUGCCGAUUACCUAAAUGAGCUGACCCCAAGUCAGAACCAUCUGUUGGGUUGAUUAGCGACAUUAACGCUCAGAAUGCAAAUGUGAUCUGAUCUGGGAACAGUUUGAAACAAGGGGAGGACUCGUCGCUUUUUGAAACGUGCGUUCGUUUUGUCGCUCGUGAUGACACCACGGGAUAACAUCUGGCUGGCCGGCGGACGAGAGAACUCAACAUCAUCUUGAAUUGUUAAGUCACGCAAGGAAAAGUUUGUCGCGAGUCUUCCUGGCGUGGCCAGCAACUAAGCCUCAACCCGUGAUUAUUAGCUCGAGCCGCGGGCACUUCCGAGACGUCGAAGUGUCGAAAGGUGACGUUUCAUUCCGUCAGUCCGGGACGUAGCGGCACACCAAACUUGGGACGAGCCUGACACGCUGGAAGAAAGGCGGACACCCCGAGACAGCGAUGCUCCAAAAUGUGAGAUGAUCGCGGGCAAGGCCGCCGCCGAUGAGGCUGACCACAUUAACAUCGACAUCAUGCUGGUCCGUAGUUCGCACACGCGUGGCCGAGCAAGGGUAACGCACGCCGUCGUCGUCAUCUUCCUGGAGUUCUUCGCCUGGGGUCUGCUGACCACACCCAUGCUGACUGUUCUUCACGAAACCUUCCCGCAGCACACGUUCCUCAUGAACGGACUUAUACAAGGUGUCAAGGGCUUCCUGUCGUUCCUGUCGGCCCCCGUGAUCGGUGCCCUGUCUGACAUCUGGGGCAGGAAGUUUUUCCUCCUGCUGACGGUGUUCUUCACAUGCGCGCCCAUCCCCUUCAUGAGGAUCAGCCCCUGGUGGCACUUUGCCCUGAUCGCCGUGUCAGGAAUCUUCGCCGUGACGUUCUCCGUCAUUUUCGCCUACGUGGCCGACAUCACGGACGAGCAGCGCAGGAGCACGGCGUACGGCCUGGUGUCGGCGACGUUCGCCGCCAGCCUGGUGACCAGCCCCGCCAUCGGGGCGUACCUGUCGGCGCGCUACGGCGACAGCCUGGUGGUCCUGGUCGCCACGGUGAUCUCGGUGGCCGACAUCGCCUUCGUCUUCUUCGUGAUGCCCGAGUCGCUGCCCGACAAGAUGCGGCUGACCACCUGGGGCUUCCCGCUCUCCUGGGAGCAGGCGGACCCCUUUGCCUCGCUGCGCCGCGUGGGCAAAGACUCCACCGUCCUGCUCAUCUGCGUCACGGUGUUCCUGUCGUACCUGCCGGAGGCCGGCCAGUACUCCAGCUUCUUCCUCUACCUCAGACAGGUCAUUGACUUUUCCCCCGCCGCCAUUGCCGCCUUCAUCGCCAUGGUGGGCAUCCUUUCCAUCAUUGCACAGACGCUUCUCCUCAGCGUGCUGAUGCGUACGUUGGGCAACAAGAAGACGGUCCUGCUGGGUCUGACCUUCCAGCUCCUGCAGCUGACCUGGUACGCCUUCGGCUCCGAGCCCUGGAUGAUGUGGGCGGCGGGCACGGUCGCCGCCAUGUCCUCCAUCACCUUCCCGGCCGUCUCAGCCUUGGUUUCGCACAGCGCGGCCCCGGACCAGCAAGGCGUGGUCCAGGGCAUGAUCACUGGCAUCCGGGGUCUGUGUAACGGGUUGGGCCCCGCACUGUACGGAUUCAUCUUCUUCCUCUUCAACGUGGAGCUCAGCGACGUCCAGCCUGCAGAAGGACGAGACACGCAACACAUUAAGAAGUCGAGCGUUCCCGGCCCCCCCUUCCUGUUUGGCGCCUGCGCCGUAGUCUUGGCGCUGAUCGUGGCCGCCUUCAUCAACGAGCGACCGCCGGCCGCCAUCAAGACGUGCGCGGACAGGAAGCCGGGCGGCGCGGGCGUGCUCGCCGCGCCCGCUCAGGAGGACGCCGGCCCCGUGGUCACGCCCCCCAGCGACGCCGAGGACAUCGAGCCACUCUUACAGGACAGCAGCAUGUGAUUGACGGGCCGCCCUCGGCCUAUCGGCGGCCGGAGACGCGUCGGGUGCUCGCGAAAUGUGCCAAUUCUUUUCCAGACUUUUUUUUUUUUUAAUUUUGAAGAGGCCCAAGCAUGGUCGUUACCGUUGGCCACUGCAACUUCCUGUUUCCGAGGAAACGUCGCAUGACUGAUGAGUUUUAAUCCGAAAGAACCCCCUGGAGGGUUUUCCCGUUCCGGCAACACAUUUUUUAGUGUACUGCCAAAAAGGAAAAAAAAUAAUAAUAAAAAAAAAAGACGCUGGCCCCAUUGCACCACAGGCUCCCCGCUCAUAUCAAAUAUUUUUGACCUUUCAUAAAAGACGCCAAGCCCAAAAGUGCAACUUUUUGUUUUGCCUUGUUGAUGAUUUCAUUUGAAUUGAAAGAAAGCACAAAAAAAUCAUUUUAUCGCUCAUAUUUGAUUUUUUUUUUUUUUUACUAGGAGCCCUCAUUUACAAAUAUGACAUUUUCGGCAGCAAGCUUUGGAAAUCGCAUUCGGGAAAGAGAGUUUUCCCCGUUACUGAACAAACCCCGCCCCCCCCAAAAAAUCUUUUGGUUUCCAAAAUAAAAGAUGAGAAAUGACUGAAGAGAUUCUGACUCCCAACAAUAAAAAAAGAUCAAACCACAGCGAUGUCUUCAGGAUGAUGGAUGAGCACCAAUCAAAUUCCGCCUUAGCAUGAGCAUAUUCGCGGUGGUGCUUCCCAGUGGGCGGGGUCACAGCAGACAGGAAAUGGUCACCUUGGUGGUGGAGAAGGGCAUGUUCUCUUUUGGUGGGGAGGGGACAAAGGCAGCAUUUCAGCCGGUCAUGUGAUAUUUGGAACUGUUAUCAAGUUGGGUUUUAUUUUGAAGUAUUGUCCACUUGACUUUUAAUUUGGCGUGCUAACUUGAUACGACUUCAAAAGAAAGUUUUUGUUACUUUAGAGUUUUAUGAAGUCGACUCAGUUCUUGCGGCGUGAACUUUAAUCUGAAAUGUUAAGAGUUUUAUUUUGAAGGCUGAAGUCAACUUUGAUUUUUGGAGUACUAUUUACUUAUUUUGAAGUGUUAGAAAUUUUGUGGUUUAAAAUGUCAGUCCCCGUGACAUUUCAAAAUAAAAACUGACACUUAAAAAUCAACAAA